AUGAGCAGGAAAACUGAUCAGAAGUCUAAUAUUCCUUUGGAUUUAUCCAAUCAUCUUGAUCAGGAUGAGGAUGACAUUACUUUCGGUGCAAGCACAGAAGAAGCCAUCAAAGACAUGUGUAGAACAGAGUUUUGUCAACCUGAUAUAGGACUUACAGCUCAGAUAAAUGAGCUUUUCCCUACCGAACAAUCGUUGACUCAAUUAGAUAACGUUAUUGCUCAAGUUGAAGCUGAAAUUCUAGAAUUAGACACCGAACUUGCUGGUCUUGUGGAGUCUCAAGGAUCUGUUAGUGCUCAAGGUGAAAAAGCCCUGGAAGAGGCUCACAAAGCUAUGGAACAGUUGGAAAGUAGAAUUGAAAAUAUAAGAGGAAAAACGAAAUCUUCGGAUGAUAUUGUUCGUGAAAUGACUCGAGAUAUCAAGCAGUUGGAUAUUGCUAAGAGAAAUUUGACUUCCUCCAUCACAACACUUCAUCAUCUUCAUAUUCUCUUGACGGGAGUUGACUCAUUAGCUAUUUGGGUAGAAAAACGGGAUUACUCUUCCAUAGCUAGACAAUUACCGGCAAUUCUAAAUGUUCUCCAGCUCUUCGACGGUUUCAAGGAUGCUGAACAGAUCACUCAAAUCACUCGAAGAUUGGAAAAGCUAAAACAGUCACUCACUGGUCAACUUGUUGUGGAUUUGAAAGCUGCUUUCCAGUCUGGUCAGUUGAAUGAAAGAGUUACCGAUAUGUGCCGUGUCGCUGCUGCUCUGGAGGGAGGCGUUCAAGAGAACUUGUGCAAGUGGUUCAUAGACCAGCAGCUCUCUGAAUAUACUGUUCUCUAUGCCGAGAACGAAGAAGGAGCAUGGCUAGACAAAAUAGACGACAGGUACAAGUGGUAUGUUAGGAAACUAACAGACUUCGAACGCACUGGAUUAGCUAACGUUUUUCCGUCUGAUUGGGAUAUGGGCCGUCAAAUGACAAGAGAGUUCUGUUCAAUUACUAAAGAUGUUUUAUUCCGAAUGAUGACAAGAAGGAGACAAGAUUUGGAGUGGAGACUUCUCGGUCAUGCCAUUCAACAUACAAAAAUGUUAGAAGCCCUCUUGAUCAAGAGAUUCCCCACUAAAGGAUCAUACAACUUUGAGAAGGCCAUCUGGAGUGUUUUUGAUCAAUUCUUGGACGUCUUUAUUUCUGCUCAGGAGAAGACGUUGAACGAAUUCGUUGAUGGAUGUGCGGUGAAAAUUCGAUCUGGAUCGGAAAGACCUUCUCGAGACACGACAACCCAUGCAGUUCCUCUUCCAUCAUCUGCCGAUAUGUUUUUAUUGUUAAAACGAGUGAUAACGGAAUCCAGCAAACUGAGCAGUGAACCAGAUGCUUUACUCAAAGAUGUUGUUAAUGUUGUGAGAGGGUGUUUGAGGGGAUAUGCUCACAGUUGUUUGACAUCAUUUUUACCUACAAGUUUGGGGCAAUCCAGCGGAUCAAGCGCUGCGAACUUGUUCAACCUGGUUCGUGAAGAAUCUACCCAUAUAAGAUUAACUAUCGAUCAGCAGUUUUUGACGUGUUGUAUUCUCGCAACAGCUGAUUGGUGUGCCGAAACAACUCUUCAACUACAGGAGAAACUUGGCCAGCGCUUGCCCGGUAUCGAUUUGAAUCAAGAAAGUGAGAUUUUCUACAGCAUUGCCAAUCAGUCUUUAUCGGUUUUGGUCCAAGACGUCGAAAGUGCUUGCGAUGCUGCUUUACAAGCAAUCGCCAAAGUGAAUUGGGCAGCUGUUGAUGGUGUAGGAGAUGAAUCUCCAUUCAUUGCUUCAAUAAGAAAUCAUAUAAGGCAAGCCGUUCCCGUUCUCCGAGAUUUCCUCUCGGAUAGGAGAAAAUAUUUCGCUCAUUUGUGUUUGAAGCUUGCUACUCAGCUUUCACAUAAAUUCGUUGGGGCUUUAUAUAGAUGUAAGCCUAUGAGUCUUCAUGGCGCUGAACAACUUCUACUGGACACUCACUCCUUGAAGUCAUUCCUUCUACAGAUGCCUUCCAUAGAUAGUGCGAUAAAUGCUAAGCCACCGACAACUUACGUGAAUGGCGUGACACAAGCUUUAACCAAAGCUGAAAUGAUUUUGAAGGUUGUUAUGUCGAAUUGUGAUUCUGCUGAGAGCUUCGUUGAGCAUUAUGCAACCCUUCUGUCCGAUUCUAACCCCACGGAAUUGCAAAAAGUUUUGGAAAUGAGGGGUCUCAAACGUGCAGAACAAGCUUCCAUCAUUCACAUCUACAGACAAAAAUUCGGAGGUUCUGAACCAAUUCCAUCACAGUCUCAUCUUACGGCUAGCCAAGCAUUGACUGCCGUUGUAUCUUUAGCUGCGGAUGGAUUGUCAGAGAGCAAUUCUAUGAAAAGAUUAGAAAAGCUGGUUAAACGAAAUCUAUAA